GAUACCAAUGAAGAAAGAAAUAGAAAUAUGUUGAGUUCGUAGAAAGAAGCAUCGAUCCUUUUCUCUGAAAGUCCACUCCCUCUUUCAAAGUACUAAUGCAAUUCUCCACUUGAGUGACACCAAUGGCGCUCACACUUCACACCAUCUUCACAAACAAUAAUCCCGCUCAAUUCCAAUUCCCCCCGACCCAUUUCUCCAAUUUCCCCAAAUUCACAUUCCCGCCCCCAAAUUCGAGGACCCAUUUCCCCAAUCAAAACAUCUCCACCCGCCUUUUCGCCGCCGCAAGAAUAACCGAUUCAUUCCAAGAACCCUCACAGCAGCAGCAACCCAACGCCGACGGCCUCGAUGCCCUUCUCUCCCUCGUAGAAUUCGUCAGCCUCUCAUCCUCCGCAGCUGUUUGCGUUUAUGCCGCAGUCAGAUGCGGCCUGCAGAUUGGCCCCGGUUUGGGGAGCAGGGUUUUGGUGUGGCAGUGUGUGGUUCUCGUGACCGGAUUGGCUGCCGGGGCGGCGAUACGGCGCCGCCAGUGGACGAGGACUUGCGGCGUUGGGGUCUCCGCAGGGCCGGCUAAUUUGCUGGAGAGGGUGGAGAAAUUGGAAGAGGAUUCGCGCGCCGCCGCCACCAUCGUUCAGGCUCUAGCGAGGCGGCUCGAGAAGCUCGGGAUUCGCUUCCGGCUGAAUCGGAAAGCUCUCAAGGAGCCCAUUGCUGAGACAGCAUUGUUGGUCCAGAAAAACUCUCAGGCCACCCAAGCAUUGGCUGCAGAAAGCGACGUUUUGGAGAAGGAGCUAGGUGAAAUCCAGAAGGUUCUACUUUCUAUGCAGGAGCAGCAGCAAAAACAGCUCCAGCUCAUUCUCGCAAUUGGGAAAGCCGGGAAAUUGUGGGACGGAGCCAAACGCGUAAAAGCCCAAGAUCCGAAAGCACCCGAGGCUCCAAUCAACCAGAUCGAAACAAUGGUGUGGCAGAAAGAAAGCAACAACGACAUCCUGUAGAUUCUGACAGAAACACUUGCAACUUCAUCCUCAACCUCUUUCUGAUGAGGAGAGCUGCAGAGAUGACGAGCACCUUGGUUCAGCUGCAGGCAAACCAGAACUCCAGCCGCGUUCGAGUUUGGUGGCUGAGCAGAAAUAUGUCGCCUUUGCCACCAAAUUUGUUCCUAAAACAUGAGUUAUGUUAGUUUUGUUUGUAGAUUUUGGAAAUCAUUUUUGUGGCCAUUUUAGCCGUAAUAAUUGUGACUACGAGAUAGAAGUUGUGACUUGAGAGCGAGCACGAAUGAGUUUCACUUAGUGUUAAAA